AUGGCGGCCGUUCAGCGGAUGACCCGGAAAUUAUCCGAGGAGCGAGCCUCGCAUCUGGCCCACGAGGCCGUCGAGUUGUCCCACUCGGGCGACAAAUUGCAAGCUUCGCGAAAGCUGAGGGAAGCUGCAGCUUUGGAUUCUGGUAACCCAACUGUUCAGGCCGCAUUUCUGGCCAUUCACAAUGACCAACACAUUUCGCCACUUCGAGAUUUAUGUCGCAAAUUUGCGCUUUACCACAACAACGCCGCUGGCGAUGAAGCCGUCAAGUAUCUGAAAGGUUCUGAGGCUCCCGAAGCCGCUCCUGUCGCUCUUGAAUCUCUGCAGAUUAUUCUGGAGAACCCGUCUUCCUCCUUGUCGAGCGCUCAGGAUUUUAUCAUUGCCGAGCUUGCGAGACAGAGUCCUGCCGUCCGCCAAUACUUUGCCUCUGAACUUCAAACCUCAACUACCGAAUUUUUCGACAAUGUCUACGACCGAGGGGAUGAUGCGGCUAAUUGCCUUCGGUCCGUGGUCCUCGACAACAAGCUAUGGCCGUCCGAAGAUGUCCGACUUCGAGUAGAAGAUGACCUCUUUCAACUCUUCCUAGCAAAGCUGAUGGAGUCUGGCCAUGAUCACGACGGCAGAGCCCUCAAAGGCAUUGCCCUCUUACUGAUUGCCGAUACCCAGCGACUACAACACUUCAUUGACGAAGACGCUUUUGAGGCUCUCAUGGGCUCAUUGGACAUAAGACUACCACCAGAUGUCCGAGGUCAGGCUACCCUAGUCCUCUCUAAAUUCUUCGAAAUCGCCGAGUCUAUGGGUCAAGGUUUUCUUGAUCGAUACAUCAGAACGCAUGUCCAACGCCAGAAGGGCGAUGAUCUUGUGCUUGCUUUCUCGGCUGCCGCACAUUUGUUUCCCGUGGUCCCUGCCAUGGUAGCCCAAUUAUUCCUGACCGAGGGCUUUCUACCGUCAAUAAUGGCUCUUUUGGGGAGACAAUCCAGCAAUGCUACUGUGCAGGAUUCUCUCCUGAUGCUAUUGAACGCCGCCUGCCUUGACGGAGCAUGCCGUGCAGCUGUUGCACAGUAUUGUGCGACUUGGUUGUCUCACAAAGUGAGCAAUGGAACCGGCAAACAGCCAUCAGUCGCUGCAACUAUUCUGGCCAAAUUGAGAACAUCGGGUGUCCAAGCUGGAGAUCAGAGAGCCAACAGGGCUGAUGAAGAUGUUAGUGACCUCGUUGAUCUCCUUAAACAAACCCUUUCUGCUGAAGAAGGAAGGAAUGUUUCUGACUCACUUGAAGGCCUUGCGUACUCAUCUUUGAGAUCCGGGGUCAAAGAUUCGCUUGCCAAAGAUCGAGCUUUCUUGAAGAGUCUUCUUGAAGCCCUCGAUACCAACUAUGACUCUCCUGAAGUCAUGGUUGGUGGAUUGAGCAUCAUCUCGAAUCUAACUCAAUAUACCCCAAAUCUCUCUGAGGAGCAGAAGCGAGUGUUACAGCUGAAAGCUUACGCCAAUGCCACGAAACCAGUCGAAUCGAGUCCGCUGGAAGACGAUGAUCACGUGAGAGAUCGAUGCUCUGCGGUGGUUGAGGCAGGGCUGGUCGCAACACUAACCAGAUUAAAUAAGGGAAAUUCACCGGCUACAGCACAUCUAACUGACCGGAUACUUGUGUCCUUGACUAAGAAUCCCAAGGAUCGAGGCAAGAUUGCCCAGCAGGGAGCUGUAAGGCUUCUGAUCAGUCACGCCCACAGAAACUUGCAGUCUUCGGAGAAGAAUUCGCACUCGGACACCGAUGCUGCACAUGCUCUAGCCCGAGUGCUGAUCUCGCUAAAUCCGUCACACGUCUUCGCAGCAGGCUCAACGCCACACAUCACAGAUGCUGUACCACCUCUCGUGGCACUACUGAAGGCACCACAGGGUGAAGUGUUCAACGAUCAGCCGCGAGAUCUGCUCCCGGUGUUCGAGAGUCUGCUUGCUUUGACCAACCUUGCUUCCGCUCCUGAGGAGACUGCCGCGAACAGCAUCAUCAAACUGGGCUGGGACGAGGUUGAACAACUGUUGCUGGGAAACAACGAUAUGCUCAGACGCGCUGCUUGCGAGCUCAUCUGCAACCUGACAAUCCAUCCUGCGGGUGCGGAGAAAUUUGCAGACGGCUCGAAGCGUGCUGCUCAGAGACUCCACCUACUCGUGGCACUGGCCGACGUUGAAGAUGUGGCUACCCGAAGAGCGGCCGCUGGUGCGUUGGCCAUGCUCACAGAUCAGUACUCACCAGUUGUGUCGGCGCUGUUGGACUUCGACCGGACCCCUGAGAUCUUGCUUGAGCUCUGUCUCGAUGACGAUGCUGGUGUCGUCCAUCGAGGUUUGGUGGCAGUAAGGAAUAUGGUUUGUGAAGAGGAUGAGAGUCUUGCCAUCAGGGCGAGGAAGGGGUUCAAGAGGCAGGGAGCAGUGGAGAAGCUGAAGACUUGCUUGAAGAAGACCAGAGACCCGGACAUGCUGCAGAUUGGCGUCGAGGCGUUGAAGGUCUUGGUGGAGUGAGUCUCAAGUGAUUUCUUUUCCUGAGGGACUACGAAAACCUCUCUCAUACCCAACUUACGGCCGUCGUUACUUACGAAGUUAUGAAGGCGUCUUUUUGGGGUCUUUUACAACGACUUGUUGGCAUGAUAUAUUAUCCGAA